ACUGUGGGUAUGGCUGAGCUGAGCAGCUUUGCAACACUGUGUGCUUGUUUCAUGUAAUCAUAGUGGACCUCUGUACAAGAGCUGCACUUCUGACGAAAUGUCGCUCCUCGCCAGAAUCCUACAUGUCUCAUUAAAACCGCAGCUAUGUAGUUAACCAAACUCAUCUUUGACACUGGCUGCCCAGAGAUGCAGUCUACGACAGCAGUUGUUGCUGAUGGAGUCUGACCAUGGAUGAGGAGGUUGACGCUGACCAUGAAAAUGUGAACUCCGUCUUGGCUCAGGAAUCCUCAGAACUGCUCCACAUCCUUAGCAGCCAGUCUCCCGCAGUCAUAAUGCAGCUGUGCCAAAUGAUGCCCAGUGAUGCUGGGUGGAACAUUCACCACCAGGCCUCUUCUGCUGCAGCAGGGACAGAACACAUCAUAGCCAUGUUGGAGUACUUAAGGGUGGCCGACACUGCAUAUUGCCGCAGCUUCCUCCAGAGCGUGUGUAUCUUGUGUGAGAACAUCCCCAUGCGCCUGGAGUCGAGGCUCAUGUCAGUGGCUGGAUAUGCAGACAAUGUUUGUGAAAAUUCCACUCCCAGUGUAACGGAUGAGAAGUCGUCAUCGCCGUCCUCUGAGCAGCGGCUCAUCAAACGCCCACGGAUUGACCACUGGGAGCAGUACAUUGCUGCAGUGAUGAGUUUGCUGCUGAGGAGGUGGGCGCGACUCAGUGAGCGCCUGGUGAGGGAGGUCCAGCUGGAGAACGUGUGGGUCGGCCUAAGAGUGGCAAACAGAGGCCGGGACAGACCUGAUCAAACCCCUGGUUCGGUAGACAGAGGGAGCAGAACACCAGAGCCUGAUGGGGAUUAUGGGUCUAUGGAGUCCAGAGUAACAUUGGAGACCUUCCUCCAGGGAUGUGCAGGAAAGGUGACAGUUCUCGUUGGCCAGUCUGGAUCAGGAAAAACUCUGCUGGUGUCUUGUUUAGGACAGCAGUGGGCACGUGGACUAGGCCCUCUCCCUUCAUCCUACCUGUUUGUCCUGCUAGAGUUCCGUCAGCUCAAUGUGCUGUCCCGUCCUCUCUCCCUGUCUGAGCUGCUAUUCCGACACUACCUCCCCCCAAAAGGUGGCGACAAUGAAAAGAGAGCUAUUGUGGAUUACCUCCUUUCCAAUCCAGAGCAAAGCUGCUGGGUGCUGGAUGGCUAUGACGAGUUUCAUAGCAAACUCAACAGACAAGAGGUGCAGCGAGAAUUACUGGACCCUGAAAACCCUCUGCCUGUUGCAGACCUCAUCUCAGGGUUGUUAAAUCGUCAGCUCCUUCCAGGAUGUACUGUGGUGGUCACCUGUCGUGUACGUGACGUCAUUGAUUUGGAAGGCAUAUCUGAUAAAGUGGGGCAGCUGCUGGGGUGGGACUGCCAUGCCAUCAGGGAGUAUGUGCACAACUUCUUUGGAGUAAAAGGUCACUCAGCAAACAGAGCUCUUGGGGUGCAGGCAGCGGAUCUCCUUCUUUCCACUCGACACCUCCUCGCCAUGUCAUCCCUCCCUGCCCUCUGCAACAUCUGCUGCAUCUGUCUGGAGCAUUUGCUGCUAGAAGGGAGAGACGCAGGAAGGACGCAGACGCCGGAAGAAAGAGGAAGUGAGGAAAGGAAAAAAGAGGAUAAAGGAGUACAGAUGCCAGGAGGAGGAAGAGGAGAAGAGGGCAGUAGAGGAAGGAGUCAUGCACAAAGGGGAGAUCAAGGAGUAAGAAGAAGAGGGAGUGAAGACAUUAUGAUGGAUGUAACAAAUGGUAGAGCCCAAGUACCACCCACACAAGUGCAGAUACCGUCCACCCUGACCCAGGUCUACCUUACUGGUCUUAGUGCAUUUCUGAGCCGUGACCCUGACAAAAGAGGAAGAAAUGACACGCCAGAGACUGCAAGUCUUCCACAGAGUGCUGUGUGCCCGCAGACCACUCUGAGUCGAUCUGAGUUGUGUGAGCUGACUCAGCUGGCCUGGAAAGGCUUAGAGGGCAGCAAGAUCCUCUUCAUGGAAGAAGAUGUUUCUCAGGAUGUUUUGGAGUUUUCAAUCAGGACAGGGCUCUUCUCACAGGUGGAGCUCAGACGGGAGGAUGGGACGCUUGUCAACUCCUACUGCUUCAUUCAUCUGACAAUACAGGAGUUUUUGGCUGCACUCAGAAUCAUGACCAGUAAGGAUGUUAGUGACAUGCAGCUCAAGAAGAGAUUCAGUCUGAAAACUCGCUGGACGACCAAGUCAGACCAGAGGACAGUCUUUACUGACUCCCUGCACCUGUAUGUAUGUGGCCUGGCUUCCCCACACUGCACUCCAGCCUUAGUUCAACUAGCCAAGACAGCUGGUGGAACAGGAGGCCAAAGUUGGGUCCAAAAACGACAAGCACUCGUUCUGAAACUGCUAAAAAAGCUGUGUCACAGCAACACCCUGACUGGACCAAAGAUAUUGGAGCUUUGCCACUGUGUCCAGGAGAGCCAGGACCACCAACUGGCUAAGCAGGUUGUGGGUACGAGACCAACUCUGGAGCUGCGCAACAUCCGGCUAUUGCCUAAUGAUAUUGAUGCUCUGGCUUUUGUAGUUAACUCAGUAGGUGAUAAUGGCAUCGGAUUGGACUUUGGAGCAUGCUCAAUGGAGUUUGAGUGUUUAGAUGUCCUGCCCAGGUGUCAGUACAUUCACUACCUCUGUUUUCGCAGCCGCAAGUAUGGCGACAAGUUUGCUGAGAAGUUGUCCUCCAUUUUGCCAAAAUUUACAACACUGAGAAAACUAGAGUUUUGUGGUGCCAGUCUGACUGCUGCAGGAGCAGCUAGUUUGGCCUCUGCUCUACAGAACUGUCCAGACAUCACUGAAAUCAAUCUGAGUGACAACAAUCUGAAAGACGGAGGGAUCAAACACAUAGCCGAUGUUUUUACCAAACUACCAAGACUGGUCUCAGUAAUGCUGGGUCGAAACAACAGCUCUCUGGAAGGGGUGGACUAUCUCAUCGGGAAAAUGUCUUCAUGUUUGAACAUCCAGCAUGUUCACGCAAAUGGGAUGAAGGAAGUGACUGUAACAUUCUUCCAAAACCCUGAUUUGAAGAGCCAUAAAACUAAGUCUGAACCAACAAUCAGCUUGUUGAACCAGAAAUGGAGCAAGUCUGAGAUGCAAAAACUUGCAGAGUCACUGGCACGUUGCCCUGCCUUGUCUGUCCUGGAUCUGUCUGGAGGCCAGUGGGAUGUGGAAACUCUGAGGACGCUCACUCAGUUUUUGCCAAAGUUCAAUGUCACCAAAAAGAUCAUUGUGAAUGACAGCUGCUCUUCAGUGGAGGGUUUGGUGAUUCUGACUGCUCUGCUUUCCGAUUGUCCCGCUGUGACGGAGCUUCAUAUCCGACUACAGAGUCCUGUGCAGGUGUCUGUAGUGUUUUCUGGAGGGAGAGAAAAACCUACAAAUGAAAUAUCUAAAACGCUCUGUCUCAGCUGCUGUGGUCUGCUGCCUGCUGAUCUGGAGAAAUUGUGGAGGAGUUUGGGAACCUCCUCUGAUCUCACUUUGCUGGACAUGUCCAGUAACUGUUUAGGCAACAAAGGUCUGAGGAAACUGUUGGAUAUCCUGCCUCAUCUGGGUAGCAUCCAGGAGAUCAAUGCCAGUAACAAUGGGAUCAGCAUGGAAGGAGUGGCGAUGCUAGCUGGUGCUUUGUGCUCCCAUAACAACUUAACACAAAUUCACAUCGGUGAUGGAGGCAGAGAGCAGGUGAUCCUGAAGUUCUGCCCUGACAAAAGUGAUGACAAACAGCAGCUAAAGAUGUUCAGCAUAAACAACAGCAGCCUCCUGCCAUCUCAUAUAACCACAGUAUGUAGAAGAUUGGUCCAGUGUCGCUUCCAUUUGCAGUUAGAUUUGUCUCACAGCUCAUUGACAAACGAGGCUGUCGAGAAUCUGCUGAAGGUCCUGCCGAAGAUGACGUCGCUGCAGAGCCUCAAUGUCAGCCACAGCAACACAUCCACCACUGGAGCACUGACGUUGGUCAGUUGUUUGACCGUCAGUCAGCGAGUCACAUCAGUGGAGCUCAGGCCUCAGACGGAAUCCUUCAUCCAUUUUGACAGUGUGAAAGCAGAACAAGCCAGCUGCAGGUUAAAUAAUUUUAGCCUGAACGAUGACAACUUGGAGAGACUGCUCGAGAUCCUACAGAAGGGUCCCCAACUGUCUGACCUGGAUUUAUCAAGUAACCAACUGAAAGAUGAAGGAGUGAAGCGUUUUUUGGAUUCUCUACCAAAGCUUAAAAUCACCAGCUAUGUCAAUUUGAGCAACAAUAGCCUGACCCAGCAGGGGCUCUUGGACGUGGCCAGCACGCUGUGUACCUGCAAAAACGUCUCCAGUGUAGAAGUCAGUUUGGGAGAAGAGGAGAGGGUCCUCAUCUGGUUUAGACAAGAUGAAGGUUGUGAAAAAAAACUGAGUGUCAGAGAGAGUAGUUUGGAACGUGACCAUCUGGUCAGAUUAGCAGAGAUCGUGUCUAUCUGUCCCAGUCUUACCAAACUGGAGUUCAAGAACAAUUUGCUGCAGUCAGAUUUGAUUGAAGACUUUGUGAGACUGUUGAACAGCAGUCAGAGAGGAUGCAGUGUCAGUAUUGAGGAGUGUUGGAUCAGAUCUGAGGAAGCUGUUAGUUUGGUGUGUCGCUGUCUGGACCUCAGCAGCAACAUACACACCAUCAGGGUUCACCACACCACUUUACACCUGUCUUUGAUGAAGGCCACUGAACUGACUUCAGUCAGCCUUGUGGACUGUGCAGUAGAGGGGUACCAGCUUGCAUCUAUGACUAGCAUCAUCCAGAGGCAUUCUUUACUGACAGAGCUGCAUUUUUCCCACAACAGCCUGGGUACAGAGGGAGCUGAGUUUCUCUGUUCUGUUCUGCCCUCGCUGCCAAAUCUCACUUCCCUCAGUGUUGGUUCCAAAGAGACUUGUGUGACUGUGGUUGAGAAGAUCUCAGAGGCCUUGCUGCAGGCUACAGCCAUUCAGUGCUUAAAUCUAUCAGGUCAUGUGAUUAGUGACACAGCAGCUCAGAUUAUGACCGGAAUGUUGCCCCGUCUACGAUCACUCAGUCUGUCUCAUUGUGUAUGGUCGGCGGCUGGAGGGCUGCAGCUCGUCAAAGCACUGGGAGAGUGUGUCAGUCUGAAAAGCCUUCGUCUGGACUCCUUGCAGCUGAAUGAGGAGAGCAGGGUGUAUCUGGCACAAGCACUGAGGAAUGUCAACUCUAUACGCAGUCUCAAGCUAAAUGAGAUUGCCACAGAAAUGGGACCAUCAGGAGCAAACAGUGUGCUAGAUCUCCUCGCUGCUAUGGACGGACUCACACGACUGGAGGAGAUAGAGUUGGGGGGCUGGAGGAUGGCUGAUAGAGGAGUAGAGCAGCUGACCAGACUCCUUCCUGUCUGGACGGAGCUCAGGAGGAUCAGUCUAUCAAAGAACCUUAUCAGCGACCAAUCAGGAGACAAGCUAGUGGAGGCUUUGAGCAGCUGUAGUCACCUGGAGGAGCUCAACCUGUCUAGUAACAGUCUGGGCGAUCUCACUGCUGCCAGAAUGGCCCUUGUUCUACCAUCACUGACACACAUCACUGUGUUGGAUAUUUCAGAAAACCAUAUUGGAUAUGAAGGGUCAGUGAGUCUGUCCAAAGCAAUAAUGUGCAUGAAGAACCUCACCAAGAUUCGUCUGACAUCUGUUGGGACUUCAGAGCUGUGUGCUGUAGCUGCCAGUCUGGCCCACUGUCCCCUCAUACAGGAUGUGGGUCUGGGGUGGAACAACUGUGGUGAUGAAGUGGCAGUCAAGUUGGCCAGAGUUAUGCCUCUCUGUCAGAAGCUGACCAGCAUAGACCUGGAGUCAAACACUGUGAGUGUUUUUGGAGCCGAGGCCCUGGUUAGAGCCUUACAGUUGUGUCCUGCUCUGCAGCUCAUCAGGCUGUGGAGGAACCAAGUCCCUUCCAAUGACGCCCAGAGGCUCAGUCUGAGGGACAAGAGGCUGAAUUUCUCAUCCACCUAAUGUGAUCUGUAUUGUCGGAUGGUGGCCGUGAGAAGCUACAUUCCGGCUCAUCAGAAUCUGCAGAGGUGAAUCCCUGCUACAGUACGGUAGUGCUCCAGCCAUACAUGGAGAUGAUUUGUUUCCCUACAGUAUGACCAUCAGAAAAGCAUGAGGAAUGAUUUUACUGCAAAUAAUUAAGCUCUCCAUAUAACAUUCUGUGCUUAAAAAACCCUUUAUCAGUUGUGUGUCCGAUGACUGCAGCACCUGGUGUCUCUAAUAAUAUGGAAAGACCACUGUGUGGUCUGCUGUGGGAGAGAACUAAUUUAGAUACAUAUGUAUGUGUAUAUAUUUAUAAAAGAGUCUUGAUUUUUAUUAUUAUUAUCUUAAGAGCUGUUCGAGGGAACAACGUUAAGUACAGUUGUACAGUUGAAUGUCUAGUUUUGAGAGUAUUUGAAUGUAUGACUAUGCACUUAUUGGCCUCUAGUUUCACCAUGGUAAACUGGCGUAAUCAGCUGACAGUGUGGUGGUGUUCCUUCACUCUUGACGGUGAGACAACAUUCCUUUUUUGAACGUCCACCCUGGGUGUGGCGACUCUGACGUGGGUGUGUUACGAAGUGUUGAGCUGUAACUAGUGUAUCACUGGUGACAGACAACUGGCAGAAACAUCUCUUCUCUGUUAUGUGUAGAGCCUCUGGAGGACACACAGACGGCCGUCCUUAUGAUAUUACACUGAUACUAUAUAGGAAAAAUGUCAUAAACUGUUCAGUUAACUACAACAGAGUGUAUAAAUACAAUACUGAGGACAGAGAGGUAUGUUACUUUGGGAAUAUUAAAAAUGAUCUUACAGCAACUAAUUUAAUCACUAAAAUAAAAUUGUGAGUCAGUAAACAUAAAGGUCCCAGUAGGGAUAUUAUAUGAAUAUUAUACAGGGUUUAAAAUGAUAAAAUAAUAAUUAAUAUAGCACUUGUUAACAGUGUUUCCAAGCACCUUACUGCUUGCUUCUAACCGAACAUAUAAAAUGUACACUAAUUUGUAUGCGCAUGGAAAUGAAUUUGGUUAAAUAUGCCAAUUAAAAAAAACAAAAUACUAAUUUGAGGUUGUAUGAGACACAUUUCCUUAUUUUUAAGAUGAUAAAUUGCGUGUUUCUAGUGAGAGCUGUAGGUUAAGAUGAUUUAUCUGUCUGGAGGCUGAUGGAUUUUGAUGGUGAACUGAAAUUUUACAGAUCUCAAAGUUCUGUAAACCUGUGAUGAGGUUAAUGAUAUCACUACCUGAGACAGCUACCAGAGGGACAACCCACAAAGUCCAGUCUUGUCACUGCCGGCUUUGCACAUGAUGUCACUGCUCUUUCCGCCAACUCACACCGCCGUGAACCUAGAGGCCAUGAUGUAAAGGAUUCCUUGGUUUCCAAUACGUUUUCCUGUAAACAAUAACUAUAUGUAUGUAGACUCUGAUAACAGAGUCACUUUGCACUAUAAUGUGUUUAUAGUAAUUAGAGGCCACAUAAGUGAAAACACAAUAAAUCAAUAACUUACAGUAAUGAAGAGCUGAGAGCUCUUAUGCUCAUUUAAGGUUGUGGUCUCUAUCCAAUUUGCGUAUUUAUUUCUGCUGUUAUUUUCGCAAGAAAUCAUCAGGUUUUAAAAAAAAUAAGUUAUUUAUUUAGCGUUGUCAGUUUUUUUUACAUGAGUAAAUUAUAGAUGAUGAUAAUUAGAAUUGUGUAUAUUUCAUGGUGGAAAAGGUAGAAAAUCACACACUGACAAUUACAGAUUGGAGUCUCACCACUGUCAUCUCUAUAGUUUCUUCCUGUGCUGGUAAUGUUACUGAAACUAAUGCAAAGUAUUUCCUUUCCUGUUCCUUUAUGUAUAGUUGUCUAGCUUUUCCAGUUCAUUCAGUUUCAUUAUACAUUGGAUUUUAAUUAGCACAGAUAUGUCCUGUGGUGGUUUUGCUUUUUAAAGUUUGUUUUCAGGCUGAGGUUUGAGUUCUCACAUGUCAAAUUGUCUCUGUUCUUGAUAUUCAUUCAUUCUGACUUGCACUGAGAUGUCGAUUGAGAAUAAAAAAAAAGACUACCUUGA